AUGAUUGACGAAGAUAUAUUGUUUAUUGAGCUCGAAGCUGCUGUGAAGAAAGAAUUCGAGGCAAAUUUACCAAAUGGCUGGAUACUGAGCCAAUCGAAAAACCAUGGCAGAAUGUACUAUUUCAAUAAAGCUACGGGCGAAAGCCGCUGGUUUCACCCUCUAAUACCAAAUGACGAGARCAAGGAAAAGGAGCCUGACGUUGAGUUUUGUGGGAGUGAUUUCAUCAUGCCAACUCGUGAGAAGCCUAUUACUCACCCUGCAGCAGAUCCAAUCGUAUGCAGUAAAAUUUCAGUAUAUUGUCCUCUCUUCCAGCUGAAUCACGGAUCUGAUAUCAGCAUACGAGACAAGUUGGGAAGAUUAGCUUUGGACUGCGUGCCCAAUGUCGCUGUGUAUGAAGUAGAAUCUGAGUCCGCAAUCUCAGCAUCCACACUGAUGCAGCUGCUAACUGAGGCUGAACCCCCCGCAAAGUCACCUCGUGAACAACAGAAUUCAGACAUAGCAGCAUCUUUAGCAGCGUUGGGAAUCCAACUAGGAGACAGAGUUUUAGUUGGUGGAACAAAGGAUGGUAUAUUACGUUAUUGUGGAUUGACCGAGUUUGCCUCAGGGGAGUGGGCAGGGGUAGAGUUGCACGAACCAGUUGGCAAGAAUGAUGGGUCUGUUUCAGGGGUGGAGUACUUCCAUUGCCAACCAAAUCAUGGUAUAUUUGCUCCAAUAUCGAAGAUUUCUAAAGACGAGUGCCCUCCAGGCUCCCGGUCGAGKUCUCUUCCAGUAUCGACCGCGCGUAUUCCYCAGGUUCAUCAGCCAAAUGGUACGUCAUUACCAGGAUCAAAGACAACAUCUCGAACUACGUCACGUUCAACGUCACCUUCGUCUCAACAUGAUGUUGACGAAGCUGAGAUUGCUGGGAAGUUUGAGUUGGGAGAUCGUGUUGUUGUGGCAGGGCAAAAAACAGGUCACGUUCAAUACAUCGGACAAACACAGUUCGCGCCUGGGUUUUGGCUUGGCGUGGAACUUGACCAACCUGUUGGUAAAAAUGACGGAUCAGUCGGUGGAGUGAGAUAUUUUACAUGUAAACCUCGAUUUGGUGUCUUUGCUCCUGUAACUAAAGUGAAAAAGCCAAAAACUACAAUUCCUCAACUGUUUGCAAUAAUGAGACAAUGGGUACCCCAAGUACAGCAGAAUAUUGGACUACUGGUUAAAGAGUUGGGAGAUCGUGUUGUUGUGGCAGGGCAAAAAACAGGUCACGUUCAAUACAUCGGACAAACACAGUUCGCGCCUGGGUUUUGGCUUGGCGUGGAACUUGACCAACCUGUUGGUAAAAAUGACGGAUCAGUCGGUGGAGUGAGAUAUUUUACAUGUAAACCUCGAUUUGGUGUCUUUGCUCCUGUAACUAAAGUGAAAAAUCAAAGAUUGGAAAACAACUUAAUUAUACAGAGUGCACCUGCCCCGAAGGGUAWUCAAAAUUCAAGCUCUCGAGGGUCAUUAAACGGCUCGAACUCAGAYCUAAGCAAAGGAAAAACGUCAAAUUCAAACCCGGAUUCUCGGCGYGGAAGUCUUGACAGGGAGGGAAUCAAAAAAGCCAGCCAGUUACCCAAGAAAGGGUCCCAGUACGAGUUCAAAUUAACCGAGGUAUGUACCCGUCGAGUUGAUAUUGCAGCUUUGUUGGUAUUUUCUUUCAAAACAUGUCUUUGUUCAGUGCUUUUGCAUAAGACAUAAUUGUUGACUUGUUAGAGGAUUAAGGUUAUUGGG